CGAGAGCGCGUUCAGUGUUCACGUGUACCGUGGCAGAUCUCCUCCACCGGUGAAGCGCGCGGUCUUGUCUUCAUCUGCUCGCGGAAUGAGCGCGGAGAGCCCCGCGGAUCAGCAGUACCGGACUCUGGCGCUCGACACGGCGCUCGGCACCGGGCUCGCAGUGCUCGUGUACGCGCUGUUGAAGCUGAGCCUGUCCGGGCUCCGCGUGUGGCGCGCGCGGGUCUCGGUGCUGGUCGUGGGCGCGGGUCCGGUCGGGCUCACCGCGGCGCUGGUCGCUGUCCGCUCCGGGAAGGUGCUGAAGCUGACGCUGCUGGACGCGCGCUACCGGAGCGCGUUGCUCUGCAGACCGCAGCAAAUCGCGCUGGACCCGCGCAGCGUGCGCUUCCUCCUGGACCUCGGCGUGGACUUCGACAACAUGGAGGGCUGCUGGCACAACGAGCACUUCUUCACCAAGAUCGGCGUGUUUCAGGAGUAUCUGCUGAGCAUCCUGGAGCAGAACAAGCGGGAGGGGGGCGUCGAAGUCCAUCUGGGCACAAAGUUCAGUGAGGAGUACCUGAGGAAGAUGUCCAGGGCAGAGUGGCCGCGGGUGAUCGUGGUCGCUGACGGCUCGUGUGGAGACUCCUGCUCUGUGCUGGGCAUCAGCACCGAUUACAUCGUCGAAUCGUGCCACGCUUACGGGGCCAAUGCCACGAUAGAGAGACUGGACCAGAGACAGGUUCCCACACCAGAGAUCCGUGCUCAUAGUCUGUACUUUGACCUGUCGGCGUACGGGCUUGAAACCGUGAAGGACCGCCGCAGCUCCGGCCAGCCCGCGGCCAAGCCCGGCUUCCACCUGAAGAUAUACGGCACCUUCCGGAACCGCUGCAUGGCUCUGGCCUGCACUUCCGAAGCGGACUCCAAAAUGAUGCAUUUCCUGCGCCACACGGCCAACUCUUCAAUCAUGAAGAACAUCUUCCACCAGUCGUUCAACGCGUACAAGACGGACAUCGAGCCUCGUCUGAGCGAGCUCACGCUGCACCACAUGCAGUGCAGUCGCAGGCUGUUCGAGAUCAUGCUGUCGUACAGGCGCGUCAGUGCCGCGUACAUCGAGGGAGACGGGGUGGCCGUGACUGUGGAGGGAGAAGCAGCGAGAGUGCUGAACUUCGACACCGGCUGCGGUGUGAACCUGGGCAUGCGAGGCCUGGAGUCGCUGGGGAUGUUCAUCUACAGAACCGCCACGGCUCUAGACCAGAGCGACGUGUUCGAGGCGCUCUCGGCCAAAAUCCAGCACUCGCGACUCGUGGCGGAGACCUUCCGGAAGAGCGGACUGACCUCGGCCGUGUUUGAAUGACCCUGCGUGUGUUAUGAGGGAAGUUAUAAACACAAUGCUUACAUAUAAUGAUCAAUGUUGUGAUCGUUUGGGAAUGAUGAAUAUCCACUGCAUAUUGGAGUGACCAAAGCUUUAAUUUGUAAUUUAUGUAUUUGCAUUUAUUUUGAAAUUUCUUUUUUUUUAUGGUGCAAGAUGGAAGCUUGAUAUAUAUAUAAAAAAAAGGUAAUUGUGACUUUUUUAUCCCACAAUUCUGAGAUUUCUAAGAAAUAAUAUGAUAUAUAAACGUGCAAUUAGAUAAACAUGUUUUUUAUAUAAAAAACCUUAUAUCACAAAUCUGUAAAAUAAGAAGUCGCAAUUACCUUUUUAAAGUUUUUUAUUCUUAUGUUGCGUGUGCAACCCGAUUCCCUGACACUAUGCUGUGUCUUGGUGUUGACAGACACAAUGGGGAAAGUCCUCCGAGUGACCGGUGUCUGAGGCCAGAUGUAAUCGUAGCAAAGGUUAUGCUUUUUAAAACAUAAACGCACUUGUGUAAAUGGCCUGAAACUCCUCACCAUGCAGGGUGGUGCCAGGGUGUCCCUAGGGUGAGAUCGGGGCAUCAAGGUGAAAAGUUUUCUCCUUCUUGAUUCCUGACAGAUUAAGACACAGGUGCCUCUCUGUGACCGUCAUCACUGUCAUCGAAUGACCGAUGUCUUGCUGGCCCGGAGCCGUUGAGCAACUGCAUGUUCAGGUGACAACCUCUGCCCCUGGUCCACGUCCCUAAGCAGGCUGGCUUAGUUUGUCUGCCCCACCGUCAUGACCCACUGCCACAUGUGCCUUACCUACGACCCGCGAGGUGGUAAGACCUAAAUGAGGAUACCUCAGUCUAUGAGAGAUAGGCAUCUCUUCCUCACGAGGCAUCUUCAUGUAACAGAGCUGUGCGUGAAAACCUCACUCCCCUGAUAUCAAGGGUUGCUUUAGCCUCCUUGUUGGAGCGUCUCACUCCCAUGCAGACGGGUUUGAGUCCUGCUUAGUGCGGGCUGAGGGACUAUAGUGGUGCCGUGACCCAGUGGGAGUGAGGUUUAGGGGGGGUGAGUGUAGCAGAGACGCUCUAGCGACUAACGUGAGAGUCUGGGGUCUUUAGCCUUCUUGUAAUUGCCAUGCAGACGGUUUGAGUCCUGCUUUGAGUGGGCUGAGGGACUAUAGUGGUGCCGUGACCCGGGUGGGAGUGAGGUUUAGGGGGGUGAGUGUAACAGAGGCGCUCUAGCGACUGACGUGAGGGUCUGGGGUCUUUAGCCUUCUUGUAAUUCCCAUGCAGACGGGUUUGAGUCCUGCUUAGAGUGGGCUGAGGGACUAUAGUGGUGCCGUGACCCGGGUGGGAGUGAGGUUUAGGGGGGUGAGUGUAACAGAGGCGCUCUAGCGACUGACGUGAGGGUCUGGGGUCUUUAGCCUCCUUGUUAUUCCCAUGCAGACGGGUUUGAGUCCUGCUUAGAGUGGGCUGAGGGACUAUAGUGGUGCCGUGACCCGGGUGGGAGUGAGGUUUAGGGGGGUGAGUGUAACAGAGGCGCUCUAGCGACUGACGUGAGGGUCUGGGGUCUUUAGCCUUCUUGUAAUUCCCAUGCAGACGGGUUUGAGUCCUGCUUAGUGCGGGCUGAGGGACUAUAGUGGUGCCGUGACCCGGGUGGGAGUGAGGUUUAGGGGGGUGAGUGUAACAGAGGCGCUCUAGCGACUAACGUGAGGGUCUGGGGUCUUUAGCCUCCUUGUUAUUCCCAUGUGAAUGGGCCAGGGUUCAAGUCCUGCUUAGUUUCACAUUCACAUACCCCUGCUCACAUAAUGCCUCCACAUCUGUAUGAUUUGAAUGUUUUAAAGGAAAAAAUGGGGGUCCACCUUCAGUGUGAAGGAACGGAUGGCUCACCAAUUUCUCGUCCAAUCAGACGUGAGUGACUUCACACUUCUCACAAGCCCAAGUCCAAUUCAACCUGAACGUGGCGUGAGGCAUUACAUCAUGCAGAUCCCCACAUGCAGGGCAGACAGAGGUCAGAAUUUCACCAUCAUGCCCUAUCAUGCGCCAGCAACAUGCUCUCUGCUAGUGUGGUAGAAAGAAAGAGUGGGAUUUCGAAUCAGCAGAUCGACUGAAAUGGCAAGAGGGAUUGGGAAAUGGACAUCCCCCUGAGCGGACCCGCCCGAGCCACGGGUGCAGACGCCCGUUCCUCUUCCCUUGAGAAAAGGUGCGAGUGGAGCUUUUUCACUGAUAACUGUUAGCAGUGAGCGCAGUCAUCUCCUUCGAGAACUGAACGCAGAUGCUCCUGCAAGGCUAAAGAUAACAUCGAGCUCGAGCGGGUCCUCUGCUGUCAUAAAGUGGAGGAACACACUCCCUGAAAAUCUUGUUCUCCUUUGUCAUGCGCUACAAACUAAAGGCUUCAGAAGACAACAGAGCUGAUGCUGUGUAACCUAUGGUCCAUCUUAGCACGUGUAGUACAAAAUAACAGUGACAAGACAGAUAAUAAAAUAAUACAAAUAGAAUGAGUAAAUAGGAAAUAACAAUAUACAAAAAAAAAUAUUUAAAAUGUGCACUGGCAUGUGACAGCGGUCACUCCGAGGCCAUUCCCCAUAGCGGCAACACCAAGACUAAAGUAAUAUGGUGGUAAGAUAAUGUGUUCAGUGACUGGAUCAAAAGAACUGGAGACCAAUUUAGCCUAGAAUAAUAAAAGUACAAACAAGAAAAACUUGACUAAAGAGACAGUGAUCUUAAAAAAUAUUUGGUCACUUCUAAAAGUAUAAAAGCCACUGUGUCGGAUAACAAACUCUCAUAUUUAGAGCGGCGCUGGUCUUGAUCCUGGCUCACGGGUCACCAACACUGAGUCCAGUGUGAAGAAGUGUGUUUCUCAGAGACAUUCAGUGCCUGUGAGUUUGAACAUCUGUUCAUGAAGCUCGCCGUUGACGUCAGUCACUCCUUUACAGGACAAACGUGUUCACUAAGGAACAAAUACAAGCAAAAAAUAAGUAGGUAGUAGCAGUAGAUUUAGCUGUGGUAUUUCCAGCACGCUUCUGUGAGUCAGUGAAUGCAGUGCCACAAACACACACACACUAAACACUCUGAUCCACACACACACACACACACAAGGAAUGACUCAUCAGGUCAGUAGAAACUGAAACGAAGUGCCUGCCAGAAAUCACAACAUUCACUUCUAUAAGAUUACAUACAAACAUGAAGAUGUCUAUUUAUUUUGUAAUAUUUGUUAAAAUAAAGUGUUUGCCUUAUGA